GAUCUCCGCUCGCUCUUGAUUUCUCACUUCAUCACUUAGCACAAGUCGACUCGACGUGCCAUUCGGAUUUUACAUCGUAAAAGCACUCGCUUUCAUCAACCGCAACUCGUACCAUGGCCCCGCAGGAACCAACACCCCAGCAGCUCUCGGAGCUCAAGCAAAAGUACACACUUGCCGGCCAAGGCCAGGUGUUCACAUUCUACGAUUCUCUGUCCAGCGAGGACAAGGCGUCACUGUAUCAGCAACUGGCCCUUUUUGACCCAACCUACAUCAACACCAUUGCCGCCAAAGCCCUUGCCCCGCCCGAAACCAAGGAUGACGGAGCAGCCAAACCAUCACUCGAGCCUCUGCCGGACUCGGCCCGCGCCAGCAUCAUGGACUCCAAGCCCGAAGACAUUGACCGCUGGUAUUCGGAGGGGCUCGACCUGAUCGCCGCGAACAAGGUUGGCGUGGUCCUCAUGGCGGGCGGUCAGGGGACCCGUCUUGGCAGCUCUGCGCCCAAGGGCUGCUUCGACAUCGGCCUGCCGUCUGCCAAGUCGCUGUUCCAGAUCCAGGCCGAGCGUAUUCGCAAGGUCGAGGAGCUUGCCGCCAAGAAGGCUGGCAUCAGCGGCGUCACCGUCCCGUGGUAUGUGAUGACGUCCGGACCAACCCGCGGGCCUACCGAGCAGUUCUUCAAGGAACACAACUACUUCGGACUGAAGCCGGAGAACGUCUUCAUCUUCGAGCAGGGAGUCCUUCCCUGCAUCUCCAACGACGGUAAGAUCCUGCUCGAGAGCAAGAGCAAGGUAGCCGUAGCGCCCGACGGCAACGGCGGCAUCUACAACGCCCUGGUUGAGUCCAAGCUGCUGGACGACAUGAAGACGCGGGGGAUCGAGCACAUCCAUGCUUACUGUGUGGACAACUGCCUCGUCAAGGUGGCAGAUCCUGUCUUCAUCGGCUUUUCGGCCUCGUUGAAUGUCGACAUUGCCACCAAAGUCGUGCGCAAGCGCAACGCCACCGAGAGCGUCGGUCUAAUCGUGUGCAAGAACGGCCGCCCAGACGUGGUCGAGUACAGCGAGAUCGACCCGGCAAUCGCUGCUGAGGAAGACCCCAAGCAGCCUGGUGUGCUCAGGUUCCGUGCUGCCAACAUUGUCAACCACUACUACUCGUUCCGCUUCCUCGAGACAAUCCCCCAGUGGGCGAAGACCCUGCCACACCACGUGGCGCGUAAGAAGAUCCCCUAUGCCGACCUCGAGUCUGGCGAGACCGUCAAGCCAACCAAGCCCAACGGCAUCAAGUUGGAGCAGUUCGUGUUUGACGUCUUCCCAAUGCUGAGCAUGAGCAAGUUCGCAUGCAUGGAAGUCCGUCGCGAGGACGAAUUCAGCCCCCUCAAGAAUGCCCGCGGCACGGGCGAGGACGACCCCGACACCAGCAAAUACGAUAUCAUGGCCCAGGGAAGGCGUUGGGUGCAGGCGGCUGGUGCCACUGUUGUCAGCGAGGAUCCCAAGGCAGGCAUUGAAGUGAGCCCGCUGCUGAGCUACGGUGGCGAGGGCCUCGAGAAAUUUGCUGGCCAAACCAUCACAGCGCCAGCUCUCAUAAACGUGGACUAAGAGGCAUAUCCGCGCGGACAAGGAAGCGGGUGUGGGUGCUUGAUUUUCCUACUCUGGGGAAUGGAUUUGGAAUACGGAUGCUUGGAAUAAAGAAAAAGGACUAUCUUAAUAUGGUAGCCUAGUGUCCACAUAUACUUUGUCUGGACACUAUAGGCACGGUUCAUGGUCAUGGGGCUAGCCAGGCGUUAGAUUUAAUGUCACGAGCAAGCAGGGGUUUCAUGGCUCUGAAUGACUCCCCGAGUAAAUGUCCAUGAGUUUAUAAAAUAGAGAAAGAAGAAAAAAAAUCGGCGCUCAAUGGCUAAAUGGCUAGAUCCCAGAUGCCAUC